AUGGCAUAUUCUUCGACAUCAGUCGUGUCCGAUGCGGCCGGAGGUAGUGCCAAACUUGCUGGCCACCGUGUUGAUGACCGUUCCAAGUGUUCUCAUUGUGGUCGAAUUGGUCAUGUUGCUGCUACUUGUUUUGAGAUUAUUGUGUAUUCAGAAUGGUUCGAUUCUAGUGGUGGUCGUGCUUAUAAUGUUGGUGGUGGCCGACAUGGUGGAGCUCGCGGCAAGAGUGGUGCUCAUGCGAAUGCGACUUUCUCCAGUGAUUUCCCUCACAAUUCCUUCCUAUUUCUUCUCCCUCGAAAUCUUCAUCCCCUUUUCGAUUUUCCGAUGGCCCUGACGCGCGAGCAGUACCUCUACAUGGCCAAGCUGGCCGAGCAAGCCGAGCGCUACGAGGAGAUGGUCCAGUUCAUGGACAGCCUCGUCGCCGGCGCCGCCGGUUCUGAGCUCUCGGUUGAGGAGCGCAACCUCCUCUCCGUGGCCUACAAGAACGUGAUCGGCUCCCUCCGUGCCGCCUGGCGCAUCGUCUCCUCCAUCGAGCAGAAGGAGGAAGGCCGCAAGAACGAGGAACACGUUGUACUUGUCAAGGACUACAGAUCCAAGGUCGAGGCCGAGCUGUCCAAGGUCUGUGCCGGUGUUCUGAAGCUCUUAGCCGAUCACUUGAUCCCGUCGGCGGUCUCGAGCGAGUCUAAAGUGUUCUACUUGAAGAUGAAGGGGGAUUACCACAGGUACAUGGCGGAGUUCAAGGUUGGGGACGAGCGCAAGGUGGCUGCAGAGGAGACUAUGUCUUCCUAUAAAGCUGCUCAGGAUAUUGCAAUAGCUGAUCUUGCACCAACGCAUCCUAUACGGUUGGGCUUGGCAUUGAACUUCUCAGUUUUUUACUAUGAAAUUCUUAAUGCAUCUGAGAAAGCUUGCAGCAUGGCGAAACAGGCUUUUGAAGAAGCAAUUGCUGAGUUGGACACUUUGGGUGAAGAGUCCUACAAGGAUAGUACUCUCAUUAUGCAGCUUCUGAGGGACAAUCUCACUCUUUGGACCUCAGAUGUGCAGGACCAAAUGGAGGAAUCUUGA